CCCCCUUAAAGCGGCGGCGGCCGCAGGCGGUGGCCGGAGGCGGUGGCGAUGGGCAGCGAGGGGGAGCGAGGCCCGGCGGCGGCCCCGAACCCGGGGCAGGGCGACCCGCGGGCGCUGCGGAGGGACUGCCAGCACCGGAUCUUCGUCAACCGGAGCCUGGCGCUGGAGAAGAUCAAGUGCUUUGGCUUUGACAUGGACUACACCUUGGCCAUGUACAAGUCCCCUGACUACGAGGAGCUGGCUUUUGCCCUAUUGCUGGAGCACCUUGUCGCCAUUGGGUACCCCCCCGAGAUCCUCGCCUACAAGUAUGACCCCACGUUCCCCACUCGGGGGCUGGUGUUCGAUGCCCUGUAUGGGAACCUGCUGAAGGUGGAUUCCCAUGGGAACCUGCUGGUCUGUGCUCAUGGCUUCCGCUUCCUCAAGGGAGCCGAAAUCCUCCACUAUUACCCCAACAAGUUCAUCCAGCGGGAUGACAUGAAGCGCUUCCAUAUUCUCAACACCCUCUUCAACCUCACGGAGGCCCAUCUCUAUGCCUGUCUUGUGGACUUCUUCACCAACUGCUCCAGAUAUGUAAACUGCGAUACCGGCUACAAACACGGGAACCUCUUCAUGUCCUUCCUCAGCAUGUUCCAGGAUGUGCGCGAGGCCAUGGACCACGUCCACCUCUCUGGCUGCCUGAAGGAGAAGACGCUGGAGAACCUGGAGAAAUAUGUGGUGAAGGACCCCCGUGUGCCACUACUGCUGAGCCGCAUGAAGGAGGUGGGGAAGGUCUUCCUGGCCACCAACAGUGACUAUACCUACACUGAUGCCAUCAUGUCCUACCUGUUUGACUUCAGUGAUGGGGACAAGGCUGACACCCCACAGCGCCCCUGGAGGUCCUAUUUUGACCUGAUUGUGGUGGACACCCGCAAGCCCCUCUUCUUCGCUGAGGGCACUGUCCUGCGCCAAGUUGACACGGACACAGGGAAGCUGCGCAUUGGGACGUACACCGGCCCCCUCCAGCACUGCGCCGUCUACUCUGGCGGCUCCUCAGAUGUGGUGUGUGACCUCCUGGGUGUGAAAGGCAAAGACAUCCUUUACAUGGGGGACCACAUCUUUGGGGACAUCCUCAAGUCCAAGAAGCGGCAGGGUUGGCGCACCUUCCUGGUGGUGCCUGAACUGGCCCGUGAGCUGCAGGUCUGGACGGAGAAGAGCGAGCUGUUUGAGGAGCUGCGGAGCCUCGAUCUCUUCCUGGCUGAGCUGUACCAGCACUUGGACAGUGGCAGCAGCGAGCGCCCAGACAUUAGCUCCAUCAAGCGUCGGAUCCAGAAAGUCACACAUGAGAUGGACAUGUGCUACGGGAAGAUGGGCAGCCUCUUCCGCUGCGGCUCACGCCAGACGCUCUUUGCCAACCAGUUGAUGCGUUAUGCAGACCUCUAUGCCGCCUCCUUCAUCAACUUCCUCUACUACCCCUUCAGCUACCUCUUCCGGGCACCCCCUGUCCUGAUGGCACAUGAGUCAACGGUGGAGCACACUCGGCUGGACCCAGGGGAAGUUGGCACAGCCCUGCCCCCCUGGCUGGCCCGGCAUAGCCACCCUGGCCAGCAGGUUCCCCAGGACUCCAGCGGGGAGGAGGAGGAUGAUGGAGAAGCCUGAGCCCACCCCAGCACUGGUGCCUGCUGCCCUGGCAGGUGCCAGCCCCACAGGAGGGCAUUUGGUGGCCCUGGACCACUUGCACUGCCAGACUGAAGCCACCCAUGGUCAGCUGCUACUCUGGUGGCCAGAGGACGAUUGGUGGCCCUAACCCAUGGCCCCCAUCACACUUGUCCUUAGGCUGUGGGACCCUUCUCCCGACUACACCUGGAGCUAGGAGAGGGGGCCCCCCCCGGCCUGCUGGCUGUCCUGUGCCCCACUUUAACAUCCUUGCUGCCAACUCAAUGGCAGCCUGGGGCCACUCAAAGCCAGGGCAAGUGGGCAGUGUUGCUGCUCCAGUAUCGCUGAAGGCCCACUGCACCAGUCGGGGUCCCUGAGCUCCUGCCCCUCCAGCCUCUCCACUGUGGCCCUGGGUACAGUGGGGGGAGGCUCCGGAGGUGACAGCUGCUCCAUGGGAACCCCCUUCACCUGCUGUUCCCCUCUUCUGUUUGCUACCCUUUUCUAUUUAUAAAAGAUAUUCAAAACUCCUGGCACCACAGAGACAUAAAAUUGGCUGUUUUAAAGGAAAA